AUGGUUUUAGAGAGCAAAGCGGUUAGCAAGAAAUCCCAAGAGUCUAUCGCUGAAAAAGGUAAUGGAGAGCUUAGGGGGAACUUAAAAGAAAGACCCCGAGUUACUUAUUCCGGACCGGGCGUUGUUUACCCCCUUGAAAUACCACAUAUGGAAAUCUGUCACCGUUUAAAGCUAUGGAUUCCUCUAAUUCGGAAACAUGUAAAUAGACUGGCGUUUGCUGUUUGCGAGAUCUCGGGCCGUUUUUCUUUUCCUUCGUAUUAUUGUUAUUCUUUUUGUUCUUUUCACCGUCGUUGCACCUUCCGUAUUCUCGUUUCAUGCCCCAUUGGGGCUAUAUAA